AUGGUGGAAGCACACGACGCCGCCAGCAAACUGUUCUCCAAGAGCCGCUGGAAGACAAAGAUCCUCGACAAGACCAACGAGCUCGCGGCAGCCAACCAGGCCAAGAACAAGCCCGUCGACAAUGACGACCUCAGCGCCUUCCUCAAGCCCUCCGUCGACCGCGCCGCCCAGCAACAACAGCAGCAGGAGGCCGCCGCCGCUGCCGCCGCCGCCUUCCUCAACCGCCCCCGUAUAGACGUGAGCAGCGCCCAGCGAUGGCCCGGUGCCCAGGCCAUCAUCAACAGUGGUGCCCAAAAGAGCCCGGGCCCGGGAGGCUUGAAGCUGGACAACCGCAAAAAGGGCCUCACCGUCAGCUUUGCGCGCACCGUACCCGAUGUCAUAGGCCAUGGCGGCGACGAGUGCGAAGACCCAGCCAUCCUGAUUGCCAGGAACAAGAAGCCCGCCAGCGUGCUGCCCACAGAACAGCAGCCCCCGCAACCAGCCCCGCCAGCCGCUCCGCCAGCCGCUCCGCCAGCCGCUCCGCAAGUGCCCCCGCCAGCGCCCCAGCAAGAUGACAGUCUGUUAGGCCGCAUCAAUGCCAUUGGCAGGAGCCCGUCGCAGACCGAGUACAGAGACCCCUCACAGACCGAGUCCAGGAUCAACCUCACCAGAACGCGUACAAAUCCCGGCGAGCUCUCCCCCCCGCUCGGCCAGAAGAUGCAGAUUGGCCAGAUCAACACCACAGCACAGCUCCCUCCCACACCCCCACGCUACCUGGGCACCAUGGGCCUCGGCGAGCGACCCAAGGGCCUCUCGCGCGCCCCUACCGGCUUUGAUAACAUGAUGUUGGAGUCGGGGGCGCAACAGCAGUCGGCGAGGCGGCCGAGCGAAGACUCUGUAUACUCACAAGAUUCAGACCUCUCGCCCAUAGUCUCUAGAUACCUGGCCGCGCGCGAGCCCACGAUUGCAGAAGAAGACGACUUCCAACCAAAAAUGCUGAAGCGCUCCCAGACUGGCUUCAGUACUCUCGGUGACGACGCAAGCGACGACUCGGCGCCCUCCGUCCCGCAAAUACCCUCGCCACACACAGCCGAGCAAGAAGAUGGGCACGCUUCGUUCGCAGCCAGAAUCAAACAAAAGAUGCGUUCAGAGGAAGGCAGAACCCUGCACGAGGCCUCGCAACGGGCAGCAUCAGGCGAACGUCGAGACUCCGAGGGAAGCUCACAGCAGUCGCUUUCGGGCACCCCUCCGUCGUCCUAUCGCACACUAGCAAACAUAAAGAACCCAUUCGACAAUGCGCAGUUGGAGGGACGGGGGUCACCAUGCGGCAUACGCGACGUCAACGACGCCCAACGGUCAAGAGCCCGUGGACCGUCUCCGGCACAGAAACCAGUGCCGCCCGGCUCGUACCCAAACGAUUUGGAAACACGGGCGCCUUCAGCGGGUCCAUCGCUUCACACACCCUCCUGCACUUCCCCUCUUUCGCGCCCAGACCCUUUUACUAACCCAGCCAUACAAAGAAUAGCCUCUCCUGCCGACAAGCCCGUCCCCCGAGCUGCAAAUGCAAGCCCUGCCGUCUCCCGAGCCACAAACGCAAGUCCUGCCGUCUCCAGCCCAGCUCAAUCUUUCCAGGGAACCCCGUACUUCCAAUCUUCGCAACCUCCGUCAUCGCAGCCGCCCUCCCUUCCGCCCGCCCUCGCAAUGCCGUCAGGACCCCCGGGCUCUCAACCGCCAUCACGCUCUGGAACAAAUGCCAAGCCCAGCGCCACACUUGGUCGCUCCGACACACGGUCUGCCAGCGAGCUCGCAUACCAGGACUUUGCCGAACGCAUUACACACAUGAGAGGCAUCUUUCAGCUAACCGCCCAGCUGGGUGGUAACAUUAACAGUCACACGCCCAUGGAGUGGCUGCGAGUCGCUACAUGGUGGUUCCUCCGAGGUCGUUCUGGAAUGGAAACCCUCAUCCGAAGUCAGCCUAGGUCUGCCGAACCGCUGCUAGAGCGACUCUCUCAGCCUCACGUUGAUUUGGCAAAGGUGUGGUGGAUCAUCACUGAAGUCCUGCCUAACCAUCCCGGCCUACGAAAAUACGGCGAUGGGUCACCCGAUGCCCAAGUUGAGCUUGCGCGACAGGCGGGAGACGCUGCGGGUGCAGAAGUCUAUGACAUUCAGAAUGCCAUUACCCACUACAUGAAGUUGCUUAUUGGGUCAAUGAAGAAGCAUCAGAGUAUGCCGCCCACACAAGCUCUCAUUCAAGGCCAGGACCAGUCAAUAUGGGAAGAGUACCCGUCCUUCACUCCAGAUGUCGCCCCUGUACUUACUUCUGGACUCCCUGCCCCGCAAGGCGGCCAGCAACCGCCCAGUCUUUCGCAAUACAUUCCUCUUUCCGACACCAAGUCCGACUUUUGCUACUUCCGCAUGUUUGUCAAAGCUUCGCUAUCAACGGACGAUCCUGCGACCGAUCGCGUGCCAAUGAAUGCCGUCAUAUCUGUGCUGCGCACCAAGGACGACUAUUCAGCUAAGCUUGCCAUUUGCAGUCAAAACAAUCUCAUCAACAUUCUGGUCGGUCCGAGCUCAGCAAUCACGUGGAGAGACGUCAGUUGGAAGCAGCAAGCGCAGCAGAUUACUGUGCAGCUGCGCCACGGAUUUGUCCUCACCCUGGCAUUGCAUGAAAUGGACUUCCGCAGUUUAUGGUCUAUUGUGAGCCAUACCAGCCGGGUCGAGUCGGAGCUACGAGAGCGCAAGGACGAGCGAUUUGCCUGCAGAAUCCUUCUUCGGGAGGCCAGCUACAAGGACCCCGCAAACCCGGGCAUGUUCCCCAAUGAGCGUGUGCAAGGCUGCAGACUUCUCGUAUUUCAGAAAAUUGAACGCAGCAGUGAAGGCACCGGAAAGCGGAAACUACACCGAGGAUACCGCAUGGUUUUGGUGUCGCCACAGCAAGCGAAACAAGUUAGUCUGGUUACUCAUGAGCUCGGGACCAAGCAAGAGCCUAUGAAUUUCGAAUAUGUCACCGAGCCGGACCAAGCCCCCGCCCUAAGGUUGCGUUUCCGUGAAGAAGGGCCCGAGAAGCGGUUGCGGGUAUGCGUAGCCCACUUGGUUUUCCAGGAUAGCAAAGAUCGCAACAAUGUAUUUGGUACAUUUACAUCCAUGAACGUCGCAGAGGGAGAGACUACCUUUGCCCAGGUCGCGCUGAAGGGAUUCCAUAUUGAAAGUGCAGAUGAGGUAGAGGGCUUCAGCUCACAAGGGAGUCGUGUACUUGAAAAGCUGCAGUGGGUCGAAGCAAAAGUUGUGAACCAAGAUCCCGAAUUGGCGGGAUUAGAGUCUGCGCCUACUAUCAUGAGUGAGAGCCUGCGCAUCAUGUGCAGACAUACUGCGGGUAUUGUUUCCGAUCGUAUGAAUCUGGGCCCUGGUGAACUAUUGGUUCGCCUUCCGGUUGACGGUAGUCCGGUACUCACCUUGCUCCGUGAAGCCCAGCAAGACAUGGCUGUCGCUGUUGAUGGAGGCCGAACCGAUCCCAGCGUUCCUGAAGAUCUCGCAAAGCUACUCCAGACUCUCACGAGCGCCUCAACCAUACGACGGCUUACUUUCAACUCAUUCAAAGAUCUACACACUUUCCAGCUCGCUGUUACUGGCUUCAGCGUCAAGUUUGAUGGACUUGCCAUUUCAUUUUCUAUUUCUCGUCGGCGCAUGGUGGUUCCCAUUUACAAGCAAUGGACCGCCAACCGACUCCGUCUUCAGAUUGUCGAGCAGGACAAUAUAGUCCAGCUCCUCGCCUUCUUUGAAGACUUUUCUCACGCCGAUGCUAUGAACUUUCAGCUACGCCUCACCGACACGUUUGAAAAGAUAGACAAAAACGGCAAGUUUGGCGUGAAGCUGGUGGACGCAAAGUUUGCCCUGCCGGUCGACGAGCGACGUGGCGAAGGCAAGAUUCAAAAAGCCGAAGGCAAACUGACCGGAUGGUCGGGUAUCAAGAGACGAUUUGUAUGCUUGGAUGAAAUCGAGUAUCCAGGUGAACACGACGACAUCCUGAUCAUGUUUGACUCUGCGGAAACACGCGACUGCUUCGCUGAUUCCCUCCCGGCUGCGACCAUGGAUCGUAAAUUCACUGUUCGAAGAAAGAUAUAG